AAGGAAGUUGAGGGAAGGAGGAGGGAGUAGAAAAAUUAAGAGGAGGAGGAGGAGGCGGAGAAGGGGAAAUUGCAAAAGAAAAGAGGUGCGACCGUGCGACUAUGGAAAUUCCGGCGAUAGUAGGGUAGUGGAGCUAUGGAGGUUUCGGCGUGAGCAAAGGAGAGCGGCUAUGGAGGGUCAAUUCAAUCGCAAGCUCACAUCUAUGGAGCUUCUGGUGCGGCCGGAUGAGCUAUGCGUCUCUGGAGGGUUCUCUGAUCGUAAUGAUGUGAAGGGUAAAAUGGUAAUCGGUGGUCCUAUUUAGGUAAUUUAAAACAUGUAGUGUCCUAUUUUGGAAUUUUGACCAUGUUUUAGUCCUAUUCCAAUCAAUUUCUUUAAAACUUAGAUAACAUCAUCCUUGUUUUUUACUCCCUCCGUCCCUUAUAACUUUGCCAACUUUCCUUUUUUGGAUGUCCC